UUAUGCAUAUAGUUAUUGCUAUUAUCGUUGGAAAUCCACAGGUUGAUAUCGGGACUAUAACCUUGAGAUAGUUGUUCACUUCACUCUUCCCGCUUCGCUUCUUCUAUUGGUUUUUGCCGGUUUUCAACUUUUUGGUGCUACUUUCACAAUCUUUUUUACUCUCACUACAACUCCAUUUCUAUCUCAUUUUAUUCAACACCAAUCCAACCCCUUUUUUCCCCUUCAAAGUCUGCAUUUCUCAUGGAAUAUCAUCAACCCAAAACCGAACCUGGGUUGGGUCUGACUGACCACAAGAACUUGGACGACAUGAGCAUUCGUGAACUGGUUUCGGUGUUGCGUAUUGCGUAUCUAACGGAAGACUUUGAUAGAGUUGAAGAGGUUUUAGUGAGUAGGGAUAAGAGACUGCAUACAGAUAUUCUCCGUCUUCAAGAGAUGGUUGAAUUGGAGAUACUAACGAGACUUCAAGCUGAGGAAGAUUUGAGGAAUAGAGGGAAAAGAGCACAGGAUAAUUAUGAAAAUUUGUUGAAGGAAGUCAAGAAAAAUACUAAUUUAUCAGACAGAGAAACUAUUGUAGAGCUAAGAAAGAAGAAGAAUGAAUUGGAGUUGGAAGUUUGUGAGCUGAGAAAGUUGAAGGAAAAAUGGGUGGAUGAUACCAAUGCUGUUGCUCAGCUUAGAAUCAGAGUUGAUGUUUUGGAAAAUGACAAUAAUGCACUUAGGGUGAAAAAUAGUGAGUUGGAGAAAUCGAUGGAGAAGAAUAGUGAGGCUCUUGCGGACACCGAUGAGCUUUAUCAUUUGGAAAGAAAUGAACCAGCCAGGAAAAGGACUAAGAGUGCUCAAGGUGCUUUAUCAGUGACAAUACAUACUAGAGGGGCUAAGGUUGAUGCUGCCCAUUCUGGACAUGGACACCCUAUUACCUAUUUAUCUAGGGAGUGUACAGCUAGACAUGAACAUACAGUAGAGGAACGACAAGAGAAUGACAACGUUCAUAUGUCUGAGGAGAAUGACAACGUGCAGGAACUAAAGGGAUCACAAAGCAAAGCAAAGAGAAAAAUGUUUGACGACUUCCACUUUAUAUCAUCGGUUCAUCAAGAGCGAUAUUCUAAGUUUUUGGUCAACAAAAAGUUUGUGUUAGAAAAAAAAUUUCAAUUGGAAGGGGACAAGUUCUCGGAUAUUCAUGCAAUGAUAGUAUCGAGAGGAUGGGUGGAAUUGACAUCGUUUGCAAAAGAGGCUAGUACGAAAUUAGCUAAAGAGUUCUUUGCAAAUGCAUAUCAGGAUCCUGCAAAAGGUGGUAAUAAUAAGAAUGAUCUAAGGAAAUUCACUAGUUUUGUCAGAGGGAAGAACGUUCCAUUUCAUGAUAAAGUUAUCAACCAAUUGUUUGGGCUUGAGAACUAUGAGCUCUGUUCCUUUGAAGCAAGAAUGGCCAAGGGCUCUAACAUCAAUCAUCAGGAGAUUCUUAGUACUUUGUGCAGGCCUGAGGUCGAUUGGGUUAGGAACAAAGAUGGAAUACCAAGAUAUCUUCGCACUUCUGACCUCACUCCCAUUGCUAAAACAUGGGCAACAUUUGUUUUGCAUACAUUGCUCUCGUGUUCUAAUCGGUCAGAAUUAACCGUUCUAAAAGCAACCUUCUUAACUGCAAUCGUUAAAGGAGAACCUGUCAAUGUUGGCCGUCUCCUAGCAGAUAGCCUUUGGGACACGGCAAAUUGUUCUUCUUCCAUAAGCUAUGUCAACCAUGCAUCAUUGAUCAGCAAACUCUGUGAAAGGGUGGGGGUGUACCCUAAAAAGAAUGAAGAAAUGGUGAAGCCAUGUGGGCCAAUCACUGCGAAAUGGAUAGAGAAGAAUUGCCUCGUAGCUUAUAAAUAACUGUGGAUCCGCAUGUGCAGCACAACGUUGGUUGUGAUAUUUAAGGUAUACAAUAUAGAGUACGCUGCUACUGAUAUUGGAUAGUGGAUCUGAGAUAGAAUUUAGUGCCUGAAUUUUGCUCCAAAAUGGUUCUAUAUCUAUUUGUAUUAUUUUCUUGGAGUACAGUAAUUUGUUCCAAACAUGCUUUUGCUGCAUUAUCCAUCAUCAUGGUAAAGUUGAAUGGUGCAAUGUUUUUGAAUUAUAUCUGAUUAUAGAUGUAACAUACAAUAUCCUGUAUAUAACUUA